AUGGCCACCAUCACCAUGGCCACAACCACGACCAUGGCCCCCACCACCAUGGCCACAACCACUACCAUGGCCACCAUCACCAUGGCCACGACCACGACCAUGGCCACCACCACCAUGGCCACGACCACGACCAUGGCCACCACCACCAUGGCCACAACCACUACCAUGGCCACCAUCACCAUGGCCACGACCACGACCAUGGCCACCAUCACCAUGGCCACAACCACGACCAUGGCCACCACCACCAUGGCCACAACCACUACCAUGGCCACCAUCACCAUGGCCACGACCACGACCAUGGCCACCACCACCAUGAAGUUGGUGUUAAUGUCCUUGGCCUUGGCCAUGCUGGCCGUAUCUAGCUUGGCCAGGCCAGGUGGACAUGGAGGCGGAGGCGGCGGUGGCGGCUAUGGAGGAGGCGGUGGCGGCCAUGGAGGUGGUGGCGGUGGCGGCCAUGGAGGUGGUGGCGGCGGCGGCUAUGCUGGUGGUUCUUCUACCAGCGGCUUCAGCUUUGGAGGCCAUGGAGGUGGCGGUGGAGGCGGCGGCCAUGGAGGUGGCGGUGGCGGCCAUGGAGGUGGUGGUGGGGGCCAUGGAGGUGGUGGUGGUGAGGGCGGUUAUAGUGGCGGCUCGUCUACCAGCGGCUUCAGCUUCGGAGGUCAUGGAGGUGGCGGUGGUGGCCAUGGAGGUGGUGGUGGCGGCGGUGGCGGACACAGUGGUGGUGGAGGCGGAGGUUAUGGAGCUGGUUCAUCGUCCAGUAGUUUUAGCCUUGGAGGACAUGGAGGUGGUGGCGGAGGCGGCGGCCAUGGGGGUGGCUUUGGUGGCGGAGGAGGCUAUGGGGGUGGUUCUUCAUCAGGCAGUUUCAGCCUCGGAGGACAUGGAGGUGGCGGCUCUGGUGGUGGUGGUGGUGGCGGCUAUGGAGGAGGCGGCUAUGGGAAAUAA